AUGCCUGAGCCAGCGAAGUCCGCACCUAAGAAGGGGUCCAAGAAGGCCGUUACUAAACCCGCAGGAAAAGGCGGUAAGAAGCGUAAGAGGUCCAGGAAGGAGAGCUAUGCUAUCUACGUCUACAAGGUCCUGAAGCAGGUUCAUCCUGACACCGGGAUUUCCUCUAAGGCCAUGGGCAUCAUGAACUCUUUCGUCAAUGAUAUUUUCGAGCGUAUCGCCGGUGAGUCCUCUCGUCUCGCUCACUACAACAAGCGCUCCACCAUCACAUCGAGAGAGAUCCAGACCGCCGUGCGUCUGCUGCUGCCCGGUGAACUCGCCAAACACGCCGUGUCUGAGGGGACAAAGGCCGUCACCAAGUACACCAGCUCCAAAUAA